UCGCCACCGCUCCUCUGCACAUUUCGAUGUGAUGGAGACGGGGUACGACUUCAUUCUCGGCACUCCGUGGUCUCGUCGGUUCCGCAGCACCGAGGCCGAUUGGGCGACCAACACUCUCGUUCUSAAAACGAAGUGUGGACAGACGUAUCGCGUACCUUUCAUAGGAACCACGACGACACCACGCCCCGAUCCUCCUCCCCCGGAGCCUUCAGUGCCCACACCAUCUCCCUCUAUCACUGUCACCUCGCCUCGGCAGUUCGCUCACUUCAUUCGRCAGGAYRAYKUCACCUUCUUUAUGGUGGACGUGACGGAUCUCUUACACUAUGAUCCACCCUGUCCCGACGCCGAGCUCAUCCCUUUGGACCCAGAUCCCCCCUCUAUCUUAAUGGCUCCCAUCUCUACUUCCGUCCCUCCGCCGUCCGUCGAGUCCACCCCGCUGUCGCGCGCUGACGCUGACGCUGAGGAACUCGCACGAUAUACGGGUGACUUGGAGCCCGAAGUUCGUGACCUCAUCCGAGAGUACCACGACGUUUUCCCAUCGUCGUUCUCGUACGCCAGCAUCCCACCGAUGCGUGACGUCGAGCACUCCAUUCAGCUCGUGCCUGAAUAUCGUGUUCACCACCAGGCACCCUACAGACUCUCGAUCCCCGAGGCCACCGAACUCAAGCGUCAGCUUGAGGAGCUCCUGRGACUGGGUUUCAUUAAACCCAGCAACUCCCCGUGGGGUGCAYCCGUCCUCUUUGCUCGCAAAGCGGAUGKAACUCUUCGUCUCUGSAUYGACUACCGCGGCCUUAACCGCUACACKGUUAAGAACAACUACCCCAUGCCUCGUUCCGAUGAGCUGUUCGACCGCCUAGCAGGCAACCGCUUCUUUACGAAGAUUGAUCUUCGUAGCGGUUACCAUCAGAUCCGCGUCGCUGCAACCGACCAACCGAAGACCGCGUUCCGCUCGCGAUUCGGCCACUACGAGUUCACGGUSAUGCCAUUCGGCCUCACCAACGCACCCGCUACCUUCCAGAGGGCGAUGAACGACAUCUUCAGGGACAUCCUGGAGCAGUACGUUCUCGUCUACCUCGACGAUAUCCUGGUCUAUAGUCGUACCCUUGAGGAGCACCUCAGACACCUCUGCGACGUCCUUGACCGCUUGCGCAGACAUGGCUUCUACGCCAAGCUUAGCAAGUGCCGCUUUGCCCAGCACAAAGUGGAUUUCUUAGGACACUACGUGUHUGACCAGGGUCUCCACAUGGACGACACGAAGAUCACUGCUAUUGCGGAGUGGCCCGCUCCCCCAUCCGCCAAGCAGCUUCGCAGCUUCCUAGGCCUGACCAGCUACUAUAGUAACUUCAUCCGGGGAUACGCUAGGUAUUCCUACGUCCUUACCUCCACCCUCCUCCGGAMGAACCCACCCURGGCUUGGACACCCCUCCRCGAGGACGMCUUCCGCGCCCUCAAGAAGGCGGUGACAUGCGCAMCGGUUCUUCACCUACCCGAUUUUGACCGCCCUUUUAUCCUUACCACCGACGCGUCAGACUUCGCUGUAGGAGCAGUGCUUUCUCAGGUCUUYCCUUCAYCUCCUGAUUCCUCUCAUSCUYGUAUCCCUCGCUUCCCACCACCUACCCCUACCACUGCUUCCCGACUGACGCCUACUCGUCCAGCUACUGACGAGCCUUCUAUUGACUAUUCUCCUACCAUCGCCGAGGACGGCACUGUCGAGUCUCGCUCAGGUGAUUGUCCGAUAGCCUUCUACUCCCGUCAGCUCCUGCCCGCCGAGAUAAACUACACUGCUGAUGAACGUGAGGUUCUCGCAGUAGUUUAUGCCGCUYGGCAUUGGCGUCACUACCUGCACGGGGCACCAUUUACAGUGCGCACGGACAACUCUGUUGUCCAGGCUUUUCUGACAAAGCCGAAGCUCACUCCUCGACAGGCUCGCUGGUGGCGCGACCUAUCCGAGUUUAGUUUCACCACUGCGCACAUCAAGGGUGAGACUAAUCGGGUCGCAGAUGCCCUAUCCCGGCGCCCUGACCACGACCAGGAGCACAUCCAGCUCUCUUCCAUCUCGGUCACCACCGUCCACCACUCGGUGAUCGACGAGUUUCGCACUCAGUACCGCCACUGCCCCGACUAUCGCGACAUCCACGCGACCCUUCGGAGUGGCAAGACCGUCCCGAACUACUCUCUCGGGGACAACGGUCUUCUACGUGUCCGAGCAGUAGUAGAGUUCCAUGAACAGGCAGCUGCCGGUCAUAUGGGCUUCCACAAGACGUUAGCUCGUGUGAGCCGCCUGUACGUCUGGCCGAAGCGCAAGGACUUUGUGAAGGACUACGUCGCAGAGUGUCCCACCUGUCAGGAGGUGAAGAGUGCGAACCACCUACCUUAUGGUUUGCUCCAGCCUCUUCCUAUCCCCGAGGGUCGUUGGCAGUCCAUCUCGAUGGACUUUAUCGGCCCUCUUCGACCUCCGACCCCCCGCGGUCAUGAUGCUAUCCUGGUCGUCGUCGACCGCUUCACGAAGCGUGCACGCUUUGUUCCGUGCCGCUAUGCCAUCAGUGCACGUGAGGUCGCCGACAUCGUAUUUGACCGAGUCGUGCGUGACCACGGCUUACCUCUGAGCAUCAUAUCUGACCGUGACCCGCACUUUACCAGCCGAUUCUGGCGACGACUCCACGAGGUGUACGGCACUCAGCUCCGCUUCUCCUCGUCUUACCAUCCUCAGACUGAUGGUCAGACCGAGAUCACGAACAGGACUCUCGGGGAUAUUCUCUGAAAGAUUGUUUGUGACGACCAGCAGUGGGAUCUCCAUCUUGCCCACGCGGAGAUAGCCUACAACCACGCCGUCUCGCCAGCCACGGGGAUGUCGCCUUACUAUUGCGACCUCGGCUAUCACCCGC